AUGAUUUCACAACAAGCAUAUAUAAAACUAAUUUUCUUAAAAGACAAUCUAAGAUAUCUAUACAGUGCCUUCGCAAAGUAUUCAGACCCCUUGACUUUUUCCACAUUUUGUUUCGUUACAGCCUUAUUCUAAAAUGGAUUCAAUAGUUUUUUUCUCCCUCAUCAAUCUACACACAAUACCCCAUAAUGACAAAGCAAAAACAGGUUUUUAGAAAUGCCUGCUAAUUUAUAUAUAAAUAUCACAUUUACAUAAGUAUUCAGACCCUUUACUAAGUACUUUGUUGAAGCCUCCAAAGACCCCAAAGACCCAGUACCAGCCUCCAAAGACCGCAAGGACCCAGUACCAGCCUCCAAAGACCGCAAGGACCCAGUACCAGCCUCCAAAGACCGCAAGGACCCAGUACCAGCCUCCAAGGACCCAGUACCAGCCUCCAAAGACCCCAAAGACCCAGUACCAGCCUCCAAAGACCCAGUACCAGCCUCCAAGGACCCCAAAGACCCAGUACCAGCCUCCAAGGACUCCAAGGACCCAGUACCAGCCUCCAAGGACUCCAAGGACCCAGUACCAGCCUCCAAGGACCAGGUACCAGCCUCCAAAGACCCAGUACCAGCCUCCAAGGACCCCAAGGACCCAGUACCAGCCUCCAAGGACCCCAAGGACCCGGUACCAGCCUCCAAGGACCCCACGGACCCAGUACCAGCCUCCAAGGACCCAGUACCAGCCUCCAAGGACCCAGUACCAGCCUCCAAGGACCCAGUACCAGCCUCCAAUGACUCCAAGGACCCAGUACCAGCCUCCAAGGACCCCAAGGACCCAGUACCAGCCUCCAAGGACCCCAAGGACCCAGUACCAGCCUCCAAGGACCCAGUACCAGCCUCCAAGGACCCAGUACCAGCCUCCAAGGACCCAGUACCAGCCUCCAAUGACCCAGUACCAGCCUCCAAGGACCCCAAGGACCCAGUACCAGCCUCCAAGGACCCAGUACCAGCCUCCAAGGACCCAGUACCAGCCUCCAAGGACCCCAAGGACCCAGUACCAGCCUCCAAAGACCCCAAGGAUCCAGUACCAGCCUCCAAGGACUCCAAGGACCCAGUACCAGCCUCCAAGGACUCCAAGGACCCAGUACCAGCCUCCAAAGACCAGGUACCAGCCUCCAAAGACCCAGUACCAGCCUCCAAGGACCCCAAGGACCCAGUACCAGCCUCCAAGGACCCCAAGGACCCAGUACCAGACUCCAAAGACCCAGUACCAGCCUCCAAGGACCCCAAGGACCCAGUACCAGCCUCCAAAGACCCAGUACCAGCCUCCAAGGACCCCAAGGACCCAGUACCAGCCUCCAAGGACCCCAAGGACCCGGUACCAGCCUCCAAGGACCCCACGGACCCAGUACCAGCCUCCAAGGACCAGGUACCAGCCUCCAAGGACCCAGUACCAGCCUCCAAGGACUCCAAGGACCCAGUACCAGACUCCAAGGACCCCAAGGACCCAGUACCAGACUCCAAGGACCCCAAGCCGGUGUCUAGCGCUGGGGGAACCAGUGAGAAGGCUGGGUCCACCUCCCACUCCAGACAGAGACGAUACCAGGACCACGAGAAGGAGAGGAAGGAGCUGUUCUCCAAAGCUCAAACUCAGGUUUCACCUCCCUACUGUGUUACUAAAGGAUGUGGUGGACUACACACUGUACAUGGUCUCAGACCUUCUGUAGCACAUCUCAUGGGUUGUGUGGAGGGUUUCCAGACACUAUUAGUGCAAGGCUAAAUCAAAUGUGUAUUAGUGCAAGGCUAAAUCAAAUGUGUAUUAGUGCAAGGCUAAAUCAAAUGUGUAUUACUGCAAGGCUAAAUCAAAUGUGUAUUAGUGCAAGGCUAAAUCAAAUGUAUAUUAUUGUAAGGCUAAAUCAAAUGUGUAUUUUUUGCAUGUAAUAAAGCACUCGGUAGCAGCAUUAUACUGUAUACAGUCAGGUCAAACAUUAUUGGCACCCUUGAUAAAGAUCAGCAAAAAAUACUUCAUAAAAUAAAUAAUACAAAUACUGAGCUGUAUUGUAUUCUCCCAAAAAUUGGGAAAUUAUAUUAUUUUAUUCUAAUACAAUUGCUCAGAGAAAUAUAUUUUGUUUAACAGGUGAUACUUUUUUUUUCUCAAAACGAUAGGGGUCAAAAUUAUUGGCACCCCUGUUUUCAAUACCUCACCUUGUGAGGAUAACGGCACUGAGUCUUUUUCUAGAAUGUUUUAUGAGUUGGAGAACACUCUGGAAGGAAUCUUAGACCUUUCCUCCAUACAGAAUCCUUCAAAUCCUUGAUAUCCUUCGUCUGCCCACUGGGCAAACACUUGUUGAAUCAACGUUGUUUCUACAUACUGUAAUUUCAAUAAAACUAAGUUGAACCAACGUGGAAUAAACGUUGAAUUGACAUCUGUGCCCAGUGGGUGCCCUCUUAAAUUCAAACUACCAUUGCAAAAUGUAGAUUUUUUUGUGGUCAAUUAACCAUUUUCAUGUGCUUGGGGUUAUUGUCUUACUGGAAGAUCGACUUGCGGCCAGGUUUAUGCCUCUUGGCAGAGGCAAACAUGUUUUUUGCUAAAGUGUCCUGAUACUGGGUAAAGUUCAUGAUGCUGUUGACCUUAACAAGGGCCCCAGCACCAGUUGAAGCAAAAUAGCUCAAUAACAUCAAAGAUCCACCAGAGUAUUUUACAGUAAGUAUGGGGUUAUUUACUUUUUUGCCAAGAGGCAUAAACUUGGCCGCAAGUAGAUCUUCCAGCAAGACAAGGAUCUUCCAUCAAAAUCCACAAGGAAAUCGUUAAUUGACCACAAAAUCAACAUUUUGCAAUGGCCAUCUCAGUCUCUGGACUUAAACCCUGUUGAAAACCUGUGGUUUGGGUUUGAAUUGCUGAUAAGAGCAGACAAAGGAUAUCAAGGAUCUGAAGGAUUCUGUAUGGAGGAAAGGUCUAAGAUUCCUUCCAGAGUGUUCUCCAACUCAUAAAACAUUCUAGAAAAAGACUCAGUGCCGUUAUCCUCACAAGGUGAGGUAUUGAAAACAGGGGUGCCAAUAAUUUUGACCCCUAUCGUUUUGAGAAAAAAAGUUUUACUUGUUCAACAAAAUCUCUUUCUCUGAGCAAUUGUAUUAGUAUAAAAUAAUAUAAUUUGUACAAAAUUGGAGCAUACAACAUAGCUCCGUAUUUGUAUUGUUUAAUUUUUUACUCAUCUUUAUCAAGGGUGCCAAUAAUUUUGGACCUGGCUGUAUAUUGUGUGCAGACCUAUUCUUUCUGUAUUACGUAUUUUUGCCCUGCACCAGUUUUCGAAACUUGGGAGAGGAUGUGCAUGUCACCUUCUCAUGCUUUCUUGCAGUUGCCUGAGGAAAGUGGGGACCCAGAGCCCCAUCCUGAGGGGGGGCCUGACAGAGCCUUCUUCCCCCAGCCAGACACUGGUCAGCGGGGAGGGUGUUGGGAGUACAGGGGGGCUGGGGGUAGGACAGCACUAACUACUUCCUUUGUCUUCUCUAUCUUUUUGGGACACAAGGCCACUAUGACACUCCCUCCACUUCUUCCUGUCCUUGAUAAUAAUAAUAAUAUGCCAUUUAGCAGACGCUUUUAUCCACAUUUUUACGUAUGGGUGGUCCCGGGGAUCGAACCCACUACCCUGGCGUUACAAGCGCCAUGCUCUACCAAUUGAGCUACAGAGGACCACAUGUUGUGCCUCGCUCCAAGAAAAUAUCAUUUUGUCCAGCACCAGUUGGAGUUGAACUCAUUAGCUAUCUACAGUAGCUCUUGUAAUCAUUCUAAACACUAGCAUGGAAAUGGAGAUACACUUCAUGUCCAGCUCCAUCAUGUAUAUCCACCUCUCUGUCCGGUCCCAGGGUGGACUGCUCAGAGAGGAGAGUAGCCAGUUUGGACGUGGACUGGGUCAUCAAGGUGUGGUCCUUCAACCACAUCAUGCAGACCAAGGCCACCAUCAUGUCCAAGUCCCCUCUGCUGUCUCUGGAGUGGGUCACCAAGCCUGACAGACUGGUAUGACCUUUGACCUCAACACAGCUUCUCUAACCCUAACCCUCCCUCUGCUGUCUCUGGAGUGGGUCACCAAGCCUGACAGACUGGUAUGACCUUUGACCUCAACACAGCUUCUCUAACCCUAACCCUCCCUCUGCUGUCUCUGUAGUGGGUCACCAAGCCUGACAGACUGGUAUGACCUCUGACCUCUGACCUCAACACAGCUUCCCUAACCCUAACCCUCCCUCUGCUGUCCCUGGAGUGGGCCACCAAGCCUGACAGACUGGUAUGACCUCUGACCUCAACACAGCUUCCCUAACCCUAACCCUCCCUCUGCUGUUCCUGAAGUGGGCCACAGACAGUAAGACAUUUGGCCUAGCUUCUCAGGGUCUUGACUAGUGUUCAUAAGGGCAUGAAGUGGAAAAACGUUGUAAAAUGUUUCGCAACCGAAAAUGAAAAUGACAGUUUCUUAUUGGCGAAGUUCAGGUAGUCCCUCCCUGUUUCAGUCUGUUUUCUUCCAUUGGGUGCCUAAUGAACACAGCCCAGGGCUGAGGUAGUUCUGUGAGUGUUUCAGCGGUGGAGAACGGGGAACCCCAUCAGUAAUACUGUCUUUGGUCUUGUGUCCUUAUAGCUGUUAGUGGGCAGUGGUGUGGGUACAGUGAGGCUGUACGACACUGACGCCAAGAAGAACCUUUAUGAGAUGGCCAUAGAUGAUACCCGUCCACGGUAA